CUGAUCCGUCACGUGGUCUGGCGUCGUGGGUGAAGGUUUGCAAAAUGGAGUUGUCUGAGUCUGUGCAGAGAGGGCUACAGUCUCUCGCCGACGCGUCCGCCUUCGACCAGAGCAGCUUCCCGGUGCUGGUGGACGUGUCUUUCCGGAGUCUGCUCUCCUCUCACGCCGACCCUGCAGUCCUCGAUCAUCCCGAGCUGAAGCAGAUCGACCAGAUCUUGCUCAAACAAAGUCACACUGCAGCGACCACCUUCAUACUGGAGGCGGUCAAACAAAACGCCGACAAGUCGACGAUAAGCUCCUCCCUUGACGAACUCACAUUCAGUGCAGAGAGAAUAGAAAUAUUCUAUAGCACAUAUCAGAAACAUAAAAAAGAACUGGAGCGUUUGUUAGCAAGCAUAGGAAAGUCUCUGCCUCAGAUUAACGACGUUUCAUGGCGUCUGCAAUACCACAUGAAGAACGGACAGGUCGAUAAGGUCAACGAGCCUUUCUACUCCAUUUCAUUGAACACUGAGAAUGAAGGAUCAUCGGAAGAUAUCAACUUCACCUGCACCAUGGAGCAGCUACAGGAUUUGGUGGGAAAGCUCAAAGACGCUGCCAAGAGUGUGGAGAAAGCCAGUCAGAUGUGAUGCCGGUGUCCAGUUUCCUCGCCUCUCCCGCAGCACAAAGCACUGAACUUCAGCGGUUUCCAGCGGCAUUGCUCACCUCUUUGUAGCUUCUUUUGUACCUUGAGAUUGACGUGACACGUUUACGCACACGAGACAAUUAUCAUUCCAACUUGUGUUUCAAUAAAACAGAGAAAUAAAACCCCCAC